CUCUGCCUUAAUGAAUAUCCCUUGUCCAUCCUUUCUAUAUCUGCGAUGUAAUAGUCUGAGAGAUUAUAUUACCCAUCAUCUAUACUUCUACUGCAACAUUGAUAUCGGACAUCAGCUUUCCCAGGGACUAUUUGGAAAUGAUGCUGGGACUUGGGAAUUAUGAAAGCAGUAGUGAGGACGAGGUUGAUAAAGAACAGUCCCUUCCAGAGUCAAAGCAAGAACUGAAAACGUCACAUGUCGAAGGCUCGCAAACACCAGAGGAUAAAACUCAACAUCGUCCGAAAGAUGCUUCCUCAGUACGGGAUACUGUCCCCGACCGAGAAGUCAGCGGCCCCGUGCUUGGGCCGAUGCACGAUAUGGGGCCGGCACAGACAAGUGACGGACAGCCAUUAUCGAACCGUACACUAAUCCAUGACUUGACGCUGCCGCCAGUACCGAACCUCGAUAUACCAGCAUCUCCGCCUGGAUCUCCGAACUCCGCGGCGAAUGCAAAAUUCCAGCAUUUUCUGUCGUUGAAGAAACAAGGCAUUCAUUUCAAUGACAAGUUAGCCAACUCUGUUUCUCUCAAGAACCCCAGUUUAUUGAGCCAGAUGAUGCAGCACGCUGGGAUAGAUGAUCGCGCGCAGUACUCAAGCUCCCUGCCGACCGAGAUGUGGAACACUUCAGACUUGCCGAGCUGGGGCUACAAGGAAGAGCUUCUGAAAGCGCAGAGGGAACUUAAUGCUAAAGUCGAUGAGACUAGGGCAAAAGGGCAAAGGGACACAAUCGAAUUUGUAUCAGACACAGGCCGAUCCUAUUCAGCCUCACAUCCCAAAUCGAAACCACGGUAACUUAAAGAUAAUGAUGACAAUUCUGCAUAAUCCCUAG